AUGGAUUCAUGCGUGUGCCCGAUCACAGGGGAAAUAUUUGAGGAUCCGGUGACAGGCGAUGAUGGUCAUACAUAUGAACGCAAAGCGAUCACUGAAUGGUUAGAAAGGAGUGGAACAAGUCCAAUGACUCAACAGCCAAUGAACAUAAAUUCUCUGCGAACAAAUUACACAGUCAAGAAAAUGAUGGAGGAAUUGAAAAUUGCUUCACAAGGAUCACAACCUCAAUGCGAAUAUCGUCUUGAUAUAGAUAUAAGAAGGACAAAAGCAAGACCAUUAUUCCAAGGUUUUGGGAAAUUUAUUUAUGAGGUCGAAUGGGUCAAUAGAAAAGGACCACCGAUUAUUCUUCUCAAAAUAGAUGGAGCAAAAGCGAAGCGAGAGGCUUCUUUUUAUGUUAAAUUGAGUUGUCAUCCGCAUGUUGUUCGAACAUUUGGUUUUGUUCAAAGUAAUCCCAAUUCAGUUAUGUUACUUCAAGAAUGUGCGCCACAUGGUGACCUCUGCGAAUUGCUACGUGAAAAUGGAUUUAAACCUACAGAAAGAGUUUUAUGGAGAAUAUUCGAACAGAUUUGUGAUGCGAUGGUAUGUCUUGCUGAUAAUGGUAUUGUACACGGUGAUUUAGCGUGUCGAAAUGUUCUCGUUUUUGAGUAUAACCACUCUAAACCAGAUGAAAACUUAGUUAAACUAACCGACUUUGGUUUGACAAGAGGUAGUUCAUUAUAUUCGAUGGUUGGCGCACCAACUAGUUCCGUCAUAUCGAUGGUUCCGAUACGAUAUACAGCUCCAGAAGUGCUACAAAAUGUAACACAACCAACUUUAUCCGUGCAGUCUGAUGUUUAUUCGAUGGGUAUUUUCAUGUGGGAAGCUUGUUCAUAUGGUGAAAUACCAUAUUCAUCGAUAGAUGAUGAAAAUGAAGUUCGAAGAAUAAAGUUAAGUGGUACAAAAUUAUCACGACCAUCGAGAUGCAACGAUCAACUGUGGACUCUUAUGAACGACUGCUGGCAGCAAAGUCCAGAAGAUCGACCAAACUUUCAAAGAUUAAAACGGUCUUUAUCAAGCUUGGAUGUUGCUAAACAAGUCAACACUGACAGGUUGAAUAAUUUGGCUUCAUCUUCAAGAACUCUAAAAGCUCGCAGUAUUUCAACCACUUAUGACAGUUUUCAUCAACCCACUCUGACGACUACACUCUCAAGACAACAAUCGAUCUAUGCUUGUGAUUGUGGACAUCAAUGUACCAAUGACAGAGAUCUCCAACAACAUCAACAAACCAAUUGUCGAAAUCGAUCCGUCGAAUGUUCUUUUUGUGAAGAAACUUUUCCAACAUCCAAUGCAUUGCGAGAACAUCUCAUCUUAUGUGGAAAUAAAACUGACGAGUGUCCAAAGUGUCGACAAUUCAUACGACGUUCACAUUCCGCUUAUCAUUAUCAAAACAACUGUGCUCUUGUGAGUAGUAUCGAAACACCUCCAAAUCAACGUCGACUUCAAAUAGCACAACGUUCACCUGUUAAUCCAGAACCAAGCGUUCGAUCAGUAAGAUCGAACAAAGGACGCAGUCAGCCGAUCAUAAGAUGUGAAUAUUGUCAGCAAUCAUGUCCACAAAAUGACUAUGAACGACAUAAGAAUAAUUGUCUUCGGAGACCAGCAAAUCAGAAUCGUACUCCUUCGGAUAGCAUUGCUCGUAUUCCGUGUGAAAUAUGCAAUGCAUCUAUCGAUCUACCGAAUUGGUCGAAUCAUGUGCGAAGCUGCCGAGAACGAGACAACGAACGAAUCAAGAACCGCGCUCGAUCGAUGAAUGCUGAACCGAUCAACGAAGGACUUCCAUGUGAAUAUUGUGACCAAUCAUUUUCUGCUAGACAACUUCAACUACAUCAACGAGCUUGUCAACGAAAUCCAAAUAAUAUGAAAGAACAAGCACAGAACGGAUUUUCGCGCCGAGAUAUUGUUUUGCAAGCCCAAUGCACUCCGAAUAACGAUCAGAGAGCACGACGAAGUCCUCGGUCACCAUAUGGCGAAGCUUCUUAUGAAAAGAUCGAUCACAAGCAGACACGUAUAGCAAAUGGUCUAUCUAACGAUGGACAAGUUAAUCAAAGAGCACAUGGCAAAGCUCCGUUGCUACGUCGUUCAUGCAGUACUGAUUCUGCACCAGACGAAAAUGAUCAGAGACGAUCAAGAAGUCAGGAUCGUUCAGAGAAAACGCCUAUCAAAGCCGAAGGACGUGUAUUGCCAAAAAAUCAGAAGUCUGAUCAAAGAUAUUCAAUGGAAAAAUUAAGAAACUUUGGAUCAAGCGACGAUCGGCGAGCGCCUGUUAGAGACAAUGGAUCUUCAAGCCAGAAGAACCAAAAAGGUGCACACAAAAUUGGAAAGAAAAGUGGGAGUUAUGAAAGGAUUAACAAUGAUGAGCAUACGCCUUCAACUAAGAAGAAUAAAAAGUUAUCGAGACUGGAAAAGUUCUUUGGAGUUGCAAAAACUGGUGUUAAAGACUAA